ACCAAGGGGAAAAAAAAGAGGAAGUAAAGAAACAGAAGAAGAGUCGCUUCGCACCCGAAGCGAAAAUUUGACGAAACCAGAAAAAACUAGAAAAAGGGAAUUUGCAGAAUCAGAGAGAUAGGUCGUUGAUUUCUAUUUCCUUCUCCGAGAAAGAUGAACGGAGGCCCAUCUGGAUUCAACAAUGCUCCGGUCACGAGAGCCUUCGUCAUCGCUUGCGCUCUCUUCACCGUCUUCUUUGGGAUCCAAGGCCGUUCUAAUAGGCUCGGACUUUCGUAUAUGGAUAUUUUUGGCAAAUUUCGAAUUUGGAAGUUGGUUGUGUCAGUUUUUGCCUUUUCAUCUACACCGGAGCUGAUGUUUGGACUGUAUCUACUAUAUUACUUCAGGGUCUUUGAAAGACAAAUCGGUUCCAACAAGUAUUCGGUAUUUAUCUUAUUUUCUAUGACAUUUUCAUUACUCUUGGUGGUUAUUGCGCUUGCACUCCUCAAAGACCUUGCUAAGAACCUGGUUGCUUCUGGGCCUUAUGGACUUAUAUUCGCAUCAUUUGUGCCCUUUUUCUUUGACAUCCCAGUUUCAACACGUUUUCGUGUAUUUGGUGUGCGCUUUUCCGAUAAAUCUUUCAUAUACUUGGCCGGUCUUCAGCUUCUCUUAUCAUCCUGGAAGAGAUCUAUACUACCAGGGGUGUGUGGUAUCCUUGCUGGUUUUAUAUAUCGCCUGAAUAUCUUGCGCAUUCGCAAGGCCAAGUUUCCAGAGUUCAUAACUUCGUUGUUUUCUCGACUUUCUUGGCCAUCCGUUGGGGGUCCUCCUGCAGCACCGAGUAGGGGAAAUUUACCAUCAUUUGCAGGUCGCCCAGUGGAGAGAAAUUACCCUUCUUCUAUGCCGUCGUCUGCUAUGGAGCCAUCAGAAGAUUCCAUUGCUACUCUAGUUUCAAUGGGUUUUGACAGGAACAACGCUAGGCAGGCACUGGUGCAGGCUCGAAACGAUGUGAAUGUUGCCACAAACAUUCUUCUUGAGGCGCAAUCCCACUGAUUCUGUAGAGAUUUUUCUUUGAUUAUGGGACUGAAAUUCAGAAGCUGAAUUCCAAUCAUUAAUCCAAUUCUAAUGGUCAGACAAUUUUGCUUGCUAGGGUGAUUGAGCCGAUAUGCUUUCUGCAGAUACAGAAGCACUCGCGGCAUCAUUCUUAGGGACUUUUUCCUUCUCUUCUUUAUUUUCCUUGUAGCUCAAUGCCUUCAAAGAGUUUUUUGGAGCUUGUAUAAUAUGUUUAUAACCAUAUUGGAAACAUGGGGAAGGAAUCAAUCCUCUUCUGAGGAGAAUCAGAGAUGUAUAGUUCCUGAUUUAAUGCUUUCUUUGAACAA